AUGGGGCACAAUCAGAUCCCUGUGGGGCAGAAUCGGCCCCUGUGGGACGCCAUCGUCUUCUCGGGCGACGCCGAGGAGCCGCCCGGGGACGGGGCGCCCGCGCCCGCCGCCGGCACCGACGUCUUCUGGGCCAGCCUGGUGCGGGCGCAGAUGUGCGUGUGGGACCUGCAGGGAGCCAUCGAGGGCGGCCCCGGGAGCGUGUGCGCGGAUGGGAGCUGCCCGCACGGGAAUGUGUCCGCGGAUGGGAGCUCCUCACACAGGAACGUGUCCGUGGAUGGGAGCACCUUGAAUGAGAGCACGUCCAUGGAUGGGAGCAUCUUGCAUGAGAAUGUGUCCAUGGAUGGGAGCAUCUUGCACAGGAAUGUGUCCGUGGAUGGGAGCACCUUGCACGAGAACAUGACCAUGGAUGGGAGCAUCUUGCACAGGAAUGUGUCCAUGGAUGGCAGCUCCUCACAUGGGAUCGUGUCCAUGGAUGGGAGCAUCUUGCACCAGAACAUGUCCAUGGAUGGGUGUAUCUUGCACGAGAACAUGUCCAUGGAUGGCAGCUCCUCGCACGGGAUCGUGUCCAUGGAUGGGAGCAUCUCGCACAGGAAUGUGUGCGCAGAUGGAAGCGUUUUGCACGGGAACAUGUCCACGGAUGGGAGCGUCUUGCAUGGGAAUGUGUGCAUAGAUGGGAGCAUCUUGCAUGGGAACAUGUCCACGGAUGGGAGCAUCUCGCACGGGAACGAGCUCCUGGAUGGGAGCAUCUCACACAGGAACAAGUCCGCAGAUGGGAGCUUCUCAGAUGGAAAUGUGUCCAUGGAUGGGAGCAUCUUGCACGGGAACGUCUCCCCGUGCGGGAGCUUCUCACACGGAAACGUGUCCCUGGAUAGGAGCAUCUCGCAUGGAAAUGUGUCCAUGGAUGGGAGCAUCUUGCCUGGAAACACAUCCACAGAUGGGAACAUCCUGCAUGGAACCACGGCCGUGGUUGGGAACGUCCUGCAGGAGCGCGAGCCCGUGGAAGGGAGCGUCUCGCGUGCUGCGGAGCCUAUAGAAAGGAGCCUCCCACACGACUUCACGCCUAUAGAGAGGAACCUCUCCCACCUCUUGGUGCCUAUAGAAAGGAGCCUCUCGCAUACAUCUGUGCCUGCAGAUGGGAGCAUCUCACAUGAGUUGGGGCCUAUAGAAGGGAGCCUCUCGCACGACUUCAUUCCUAUAGAAGAGAACAUCUCGCACAAGCUGCUGCCUAUAGAAGGGAACAUCUUGCGUGAACUGGGGCCUAUAGAAAGGAGCCUCUCACAUGAGCUGGUGCCUAUAGAAAGGAGCCUUUCGUACGACGUCGUUCCUAUAGAAGAGAACAUCUCGCACGAGCUGGUGCCUAUAGAAGGGAACCUCUCUCAUGAGUUGGCGCCUAUAGAAAGGAGCCCCUCACACGAGCUGGUGCCUAUAGAAGGGAACCUCUUGCACAACCUGGUGCCUAUAGAAAGGAGCCUCUCGCACGAGCAUGGGGACGAGGAAUCCGAGGAAGAGGAGGAGGAGGCUGAGGGCUCGUCCUCCCAGGAGGAGGAGGAGGAGGAGGAG